AUGUUCAUCCCCAAGGAAAACCGCAUCGCAGUGUUCUCUUACUUGUUUCAAGAGGGAGUUUGUGUGGUCAAGAAAGAUCCCAAGCCUGCUACUCAUCCUCACAUUGAAGGACCUACCAACCUUGAAGUUCUGAUGUUGAUGAAGUCUCUUCAAUCCAAGGGAUAUGUCCGCAUUACUUUCUCGUGGCAAUAUAACUAUUGCUACUUGACCGAUGAAGGAAUCGAAUACUUGCGUGGAUACUUGGCUCUCCCCGCAGAGAUCGUUCCUGCCACUCACAAGGCAGCCAACAAACGCCCAGAAGGUCGUGAUCGCGAAGAAGACAAAUUUGCGGAUGGUGGACGACCGGCUUUCAGAGACAACCGCGGCGGUGGUAUUGGACGCGGAGGUGGUAUCUAA